UGAAGCAACAUGGCUUUUCACAGAACUCAAGACUCUCGGUAAAUAAAAUGGUUAUUUCACUGUCAUAUUUGACCAGCUACUAAGGGAAUCCUGCCCAUUGCCUCUCGAGUCUAUUCGGAUGUGUUGCCACGAUUAUGAACUCAUUGAGAUCGACAUUCUGCUGCCACAGCGGGUCUCAGAGUGUGUACAAAGUACUAGUCAUACAAAGGCGCUGUAUAAUAACGAAAUACACCAAAAUCCUGAAGGUAAACAAGAAGAUGAAGACGGAGAACACCGAGACUGUGUCGGUGAUCCCUUCGCCUCCACUAAGCCCGGAGCAGCUGGACCGCAUUGCCCGCAAUAAGCAAGUGGCCCAGGAGCGACUGGCAGCCCACAGUGCCCCGGAAGGCAUGGGGGAGAGCUGGAGGAGAGCCUUGCAGAAAGAGUUCACCAAGGAUUACUUCAAAGGGCUGAUGUCCUUUGUAGCAGAUGAGAGGAAGAAGCACACAGUCUACCCUCCCCCUGACCAGGUCUUCACAUGGACCCAGAUGUGUGACAUUAAAGAUGUGAAGGUUGUGGUUCUGGGGCAGGAUCCGUACCAUGGCCCAGGCCAGGCUCACGGGCUGUGCUUCAGCGUGCAGAAACCUGUACGUCCCCCACCCAGCUUGGAGAACAUGUACAAGGAGCUGUGCACUGAUAUCGAGGGCUUCCAGCACCCUGGACACGGUGACCUGACUGGAUGGGCCAAACAAGGAGUGCUGCUGCUCAAUGCUGUAUUAACUGUGCGAGCCCACCAGGCCAACUCCCAUAAGGACCGUGGCUGGGAGACGUUCACCGACGCGGUGAUCCAGUGGCUCAGCACCAACCUGGACGGCCUGGUCUUCAUGCUGUGGGGCGCCUAUGCACAGAAGAAGGGGGCCGCCAUCAACAAGAAGCGACACCACGUGCUGCAGACAGUGCACCCCUCCCCCCUGUCUGUCCACCGAGGCUACUUCGGCUCCAAACACUUCUCCAAGACCAACGAGCUACUCCGGAAGAGCGGCAAGACACCCAUCGACUGGAGCGCACUUUAAUGCAGUGGUUCUCAACCUCUCUUGAACAAACGGCCCCUGCCUCCCACCGCCCCCUGGACAGCAUCA